UUAAUUUUUUCGAUUUUUCCGGUGAAUUUGAGUGUAUCCGUGAAAUGAUUCCUUCCCUGCUAAGAUACCUAUCCCGUCGAAUACCGGUUCGGCCGACGUCGGUUCUUCUGCUGGAAAAUGCAAACUUUUCCUCCCAGCGCGUAGCGAUUGCCCUGCGCAGCAAAAAGGCCAAAUCCGAUAAACCAACCACCCAAUACUUCGUAGACUGCAAACACGUCCGCACGGUCGGUGGCAAGGGUGGCGACGGGUGCGUCUCGUUCCUGCGGCUUUGGUGCAACGAAAAUGCCGGUCCCGAUGGCGGCGACGGAGGAAAUGGUGGGCACGUCGUACUGCAGGCCAGCUCGGAUGUGCGUGAUUUGAACCACGUGACGACAUUGCUCUCGGCGGACGGUGGAGACAACGGGCGGAACAAGGAUUGCCACGGGAAGAAUGCCAGCCACACGGUGGUGAAAGUGCCUCUGGGGACGAUCGUUAAAACCGCCACCGGUAAAGUCGUUGGCGAUCUGGACACCGAAGGAACGAUGUUUGUCACUGCACGAGGCGGUGCUGGAGGAAAGGGAAACCAUUUCUUCAUAAGUGACCUGGAACAUGCUCCCCAGGUGGCGGAGUUCGGAGGACAAGGAGAAGACAAAUCCUACGUUCUAGAAUUGAAAAGCAUGGCCCACGUGGGAUUCAUUGGACUGCCAAACGCGGGAAAAAGUACUCUGCUCAGAGCAAUCUCCCGGGCACGGCCCAAAGUAGCUUCGUAUCCCUUCACCACGUUAAAACCUCACCUCGGAAUGGUCCAGUACGAUGACUACGAACAGAUUGCGGUUGCUGAUUUACCCGGUUUGAUUCCAGACUCGCACAAAAACAAAGGCCUUGGCAUUCAGUUCCUCAAGCACGUGGAACGUUGCAAUGUUCUGCUGUUUGUUGUGGAUGUAUCGUUGGAGGAACCGUGGAACCACUACCACACUCUAAUGCACGAAUUGACUAUGUUCAGUGAGGAACUUGCCAACAGGCCAAAGAUGAUCAUUGCUAACAAGAUCGACCUUCCGGAAGCGGAGAAGAAUUUGCAGUUGCUUCAGCAUCACGUUGAUGUGCCGGUGAUACCGAUCAGUGCCAAGAUGGGGACGAACAUCUCGCAAUUGCUGAAGGAGAUCAGGGAGGUUUAUGAUAGUUUGAAGAAAGAACAGAAAGCAGAGACUGGUGAACAGUCGGGGAAUAAUCGGUAGAUAUAAGAUUAUCUUGUGAUUCACUCAGUAACUCACUAAUGUAUCCUGAGCGCCUGU